AUGAGAGACACGAUACGACUGCCCGCCCCCUUCGCCUCCACCGUACGAUUACGAGCACCACUCGAGAAAGCGUAUAGGCAGAUUCACGGCUCAGAACUGACGGACUUUCAGGCCAUGAAGUUCACCCUCUUCCUCGCCCUCACGGCCCUCGCGGCCAGCCCCGCCGUGCUUGCAGCGCCCACCAGCGGCGACGCAAUUCACGUCGCACGCUCGCGCAUCAGCCUCAUGGGCCAGAAAGUCUCCCCCCACCCCCACAAAGACACGACCAUCCCGGGCAACGACUCGAGCGUCGACGCCCAAUUCGCUGUCUGCGGUCGCGGUUUCCGCAACUGCGGCUCGAAACCUUAG